AUGUCUCUUUUGAUGGGAAAGGUGUGCGAAGCUGUGGGCAAGAAUAUUGUUCGUGUUGCUAUUCCUCAAUUGAAAUUCGAUUCAUUUCUUGUUACUCAUUUCAGAGAUUCAAGUGAAUUACAUGCGUUGGAUAAAAAAGGAGAGUCAAAGGUUGGCGAUUGGGUGAUUGUCUCUAAAUUACCAGAGAGGAUCAGUUUAAAGGUCGAACAUUCUGUUGAACAAGUGGUCUAUAAAUGUGGGCACAUAAUCGAUCCAUUAACGGGCAAACGAUGUUUCCAAUACCAUUACGAUGAAAGUGGUUCAAAAGAAAAUCAGAAUUCUAGUCCAAAUGAAAAACUGUAG